AACGCCUUCGAGCAGAGCGCGCCGAGGCAGCAGCUCCUCCCUUUUGCCACCACCCACUCCCGAUCCCUCCCGUCGCCACCCACCCCUCAAAAUCUCAUCUUUUCCCCCCUCCCUCCCAUCCCACCACCAACAAAUCCCUCCCACUCCCAACGAUGAGAGGCCUCCUCGCGUGCGCCACCCUUGCCCGCCGCGCCGGCGCCGCCGCCUCGGGCGCCGGCCGCCGCCACCUGGCCGGAGCGGCGGAGGCGGCGGAGGCCGAGCUCAAGAAGACGGCGCUGUACGAUUUCCACGUGGCCCACGGCGGCAAGAUGGUCCCCUUCGCGGGGUGGAGCAUGCCCAUCCAGUACAAGGACUCCAUCAUGGACUCCACCCUCAACUGCCGCGCCAACGGCAGCCUCUUCGACGUCUCCCACAUGUGCGGCCUCAGCCUCCACGGCUCCCAGGCCAUCCCCUUCCUCGAGACCCUCGUCGUCGCCGACGUCGCCGCCCUCAAGGACGGGACCGGCUCCCUCACCGUCUUCACCAACGAGAAAGGCGGCGCCAUCGACGACUCCGUUGUCACCAAGGUCACCGACAAGCACGUCUACCUCGUCGUCAACGCCGGGUGCAGGGACAAGGACCUCGCCCACAUUGGGGCGCACAUGGAGGCGUUCAACAAGAAGGGCGGCGACGUCAAGUGGCACAUCCACGAUGAGCGGUCCCUGCUCGCGUUGCAGGGUCCUCUUGCUGCACCAACUCUCCAGUUGCUGACAAAAGAAGAUUUGAGCAAAAUGUAUUUCAGUGACUUCAAGAUGAUUGACAUCAAUGGAUCUGCUUGCUUUCUCACCAGAACUGGUUAUACCGGUGAAGAUGGUUUUGAAAUCUCAGUCCCAUCAGAGAACGCGCUUGAUCUCGCAAAGGCUCUCCUGGAGAAAUCCGAAGGCAAGGUGAGGCUGACAGGGCUGGGAGCCCGCGACAGCCUCCGUCUGGAGGCCGGGCUCUGCCUCUACGGCAACGACAUGGAGCAACACACCACUCCGGUGGAGGCCGGCCUGUCGUGGGCGAUCGGCAAGCGGAGGAGAGCGGAGGGCGGGUUCCUGGGCGCGGAGGUGAUCCUGAAGCAGCUCAAGGAAGGCCCCAAGAUCAGACGCGUGGGCAUCUUCUCGCAGGGCCCGCCCCCGCGGAGCCACAGCGCGAUCGUGAGCGGCGACGGGUCGGGGGAGAACAUCGGCGAGGUGACCAGCGGAGGGUUCAGCCCGUGCCUGAAGAAGAACAUCGCCAUGGGUUACGUCAAGUCGGGGCUGCACAAGGCCGGGACGGAGUUCAAGGUGGUCGUCCGUGGCAAGUCCUACGACGCCGUCGUCACCAAGAUGCCCUUCGUGCCCACCAAGUACUACAAGGCCCCUUAGAUAUAUGUGAUUUUGUACAAAACAGGAUGCCGCGAUUUUUCUCUUGCAACUCCGUCGUCGUAGCUUGUUCAUGGCAGGGUACUUGAAAAUGCUGCGACGAUUGUAACUUCUGUCACUGUCAGGCUUUCCUCCUACGGCUUGACGUUUCGUCUAAUAAAUAUAUAUGCCAGCUGCGUUGUUUUUUC